AUGGCACCACCACGAAAUUUCAUCCCUUCUUACUUGCGAGAUAGCCCGAUUUCCUUGCUAAACAAAAGAUUAGUAACUACUAUACCAUUACCUACUCGUUGGAAUCCUCAUGAUCGGGCCCCUUAUGUUUCAGUUUUGGAUGAUGGCGUUAGUCUUGAAUAUAUCGGUACACAAGAAUCUA